UGCAGGCCUCUGUUUAAAUCUCAGCCCCGUCACUGGCUAACCUCCUGAGCAGCAGACUCAGUCUUUCUGUGCCGGUUUCUUGAGCUGUGGAACACAUAAGAUAGGUCCUAGACAUCGGAGAUGUGUCAGCUUUAAUUACAUGAAAAAUGCCGAGCACAUCAUGAGCACACGGCAGCACUGAGUAAACGCUGGCGGUCAAGGCUUGAAUCUCUGCCUCCGGGCCUCUUCAUCUGAGACCUUAGAAUGCCCUUCAGAGACCUGAAGAACCCCUGACACUGAUCACAAAAUGGGAUGAGGGGAAGGUUCCAUAGUUCUCCCCCUGCUUUCGGAGGAUUUCACGCUUUCUCCAAGGAGCCUAGAAAGAAUGGAAAUGGCGGGAGCAUCUCUUGACCUCUCCGAGGAGCAGAAUAUUUUAGAACCACUCGUCUAGCUCAUGGGCUUUGAAGUGAGACCUGAAUGUAACUCGUUUCCUGCCAGGUAUGUGAUGUUGGGGUCAAGAGAUUGGAGCAUGACCAUGAGCAAUGGAAAUAGCGAUGGUGUGGUUCUGAGCAAUGGCAGCCUUGCAGCCAGCGCAGCCCCCCCGAGCCCCCCGCCCCCCUCGGACGGAGACCUUGCAGCCCAGCAGCUCCCACCCAAAGAGGCACCAAGAGCAAAAGUGAGUCCAAACGGCUGCCUGCAAGUGAAUGGCACAGUCAAAGCAUCCUUCCUGCCUUUAGACAACCAAAGAACGACGCAGCUGUUGCCGCCGUGCUGCCACCCUUGCCCGUACCAUCACCCGUUGACCAGCCAUAGCGGUCACCAGGAGUGCCACCCCGAGGCCGGCUCGGCGUCCCCGUCUGCUUUGGCCUCGUGCUGCCUGCAGCCCCACUCAGAGUACUCGGCGCCUCUGUGUCCACACCAUGCCCCUGUUUACCAGACCGCGUGCUGCCUGCAGCCCUCUCCCUCCUUCUGCCUGCAUCACCCCUGGCCCGACCAUUUUCAGCACCAGCCUGUGCCACAGCACGUAGCCAACAUCAGACCAUCCAGACCUUUCAAGUUACCCAAAAGUUACGCGGCCCUGCUUGCCGACUGGCCCGUGGUGGUCCUGGGCAUGUGCACUGUGCUCAUCGUGGUGUGUGCCUUGGUCGGAGUAUUGGUGCCGGAGCUGCCUGACUUCUCUGACCCAUUGCUGGGUUUUGAACCAAGAGGGACUACAAUAGGCCAGAGACUGGUCACGUGGAAUAACAUGGUGAAAAACACGGGAUACAAAGCAACAUUAGCCAAUUAUCCCUUUAAAUAUGCAGAUGAGCAAGCCAAAAGCCAUCGGGAUGACAGAUGGUCGGACGACCAUUAUGAAAGAGAAAAGAGAGAAGUUGACUGGAACUUCCACAAAGACAGCUUUUUCUGCGAUGUUCCAAGUGACCGCUAUUCCAGGGUAGUGUUUGCUUCAGCCGGAGGAGAGACGUUAUGGAAUUUACCAGCCAUUAAAUCGAUGUGCAAUGUAGAUAAUUCAAGGAUCAGGGCGCACCCCCAGUUCAGCGACCUCUGCCAGAGGACCACGGCCGCCUCCUGCUGCCCCAGCUGGACGCUGGGCAACUACAUCGCCAUCCUGAACAACCGGUCGUCCUGCCAGAAGAUCGUGGAGCGGGACGUGACCCACACGCUGAAGCUGCUCCGCGCCUGCGCCAAGCACUACCAGAACGGCACGCUGGAGCCCGACUGCUGGGACGCGGCGGCCCGGAGGAAGGACCAGCUCAAGUGCGCCCACGUGCCGCGCAAGUGCACCAAGUACAACGCCGUCUACCAGAUCCUGCACUACCUGGUGGACAAGGACUUCCUGGCCCCGCGGGCGGCCGACCAGCCCGCGCCCGCCCUCAGGUACAGCAUGCUCUUCUCGCCCACCGAGAAGGGGGAGAGCAUGAUGGGCAUCUAUCUGGACAACUUCGAGCGCUGGAACGCGUCCGACGGCGUCACCACCGUCACCGGCAUCGAGUUUGGGAUCAAGCACAGCCUGUUCCAGGACUACCUGCUGAUGGACACCGUGUACCCCGCCAUCGCCAUCGUCAUCGUCCUGCUCGUCAUGUGCGUCUACACCCGGUCCGUGUUCAUCACGCUCAUGACCAUGUUCGCCAUCAUCAGCUCCCUGAUCGUCUCCUACUUCCUCUACCGCGUCGUGUUCAACUUCGAGUUCUUCCCCUUCAUGAACCUCACGGCGCUCAUCAUCCUGGUGGGGAUCGGGGCGGACGACGCCUUCGUCCUGUGCGACGUCUGGAACUACACCAAGUUCGACAAGCCCCAGGCCGACACCGCGGAGACGGUGGGCGUCACCCUGCAGCACGCCGCCCUGUCCAUGUUCGUCACCAGCUUCACCACGGCCGCCGCCUUCUACGCCAACUACGUGAGCAAUAUCACGGCCAUCCGCUGCUUCGGGGUGUACGCGGGCACGGCCAUCCUGGUCAACUACCUGCUGAUGGUCACGUGGCUGCCCGCCGUGGUCGUGCUGCACGAGCGGUACCUGCUCAACGUAUUCACCUGCUUCCGGAAGCCCCAGCCGCAGGUGUACCCCCACAAGAGCUGCUGGGCGGCCGCGUGCCGGGCGGGCCACAAGGCCCUGUUUGCCGUCUCCGAGGCCUCGCGCAUUUUCUUCGAGAAGGUGUUGCCCUGCAUCGUCAUUAAGUUCCGCUACCUCUGGCUCUUCUGGUUCCUCGCCCUGACCGUGGGGGGCGCCUACAUCGUGUGCGUGAACCCCAAGAUGAAGCUGCCCUCCUUGGAGCUGUCCGAGUUCCAGGUGUUCCGGUCGUCUCACCCGUUCGAGCGCUACGACGCCGAGUACAAGAAGCUCUUCAUGUUCGAGCGCGUCCACCACGGCGAGGAGCUGCACAUGCCCAUCACGGUGAUCUGGGGGGUGUCCCCCGAGGACAACGGCAACCCGCUGAACCCCAAGAGCAAAGGCAAGCUGACCUUGGACAGCAGCUUCAACAUCGCCAGCCCCGCGUCCCAGGUCUGGAUUCUGCACUUCUGCCAGAAGCUGCGAAACCAGACCUUCUUCUACCAGACGGAUGAGCAGGACUUCACCAGCUGCUUCAUCGAGACCUUCAAGCGCUGGAUGGAGAACCAGGACUGCGACGAGCCGGCCCUGUACCCCUGCUGCAGCCGCUGGAGCUUCCCCUACAAGCAGGAGGUCUUCGAGCUGUGCAUCAAGAGGGCCAUCAUGGAGCUGGAGCGCAGCACGGGGUACCACCUGGACAGCAAGACCCCGGGGCCCCGCUUCGACAUCAACGACACCAUCCGGGCCGUGGUCUUGGAGUUCCCGAGCACCUACCUCUUCACGCUGGCCUACGAGAAGAUGCACCAGUUCUACAGGGAGGUGGACGCGUGGAUCUCCCGCGAGCUGAGCUCGGCCCCCGAGGGCCUGGGCAACGGCUGGUUCGUCAGCAACCUGGAGUUCUACGACCUGCAGGACAGCCUUUCGGACGGCACGCUGGUGGCCAUGGGGCUCUCCGUGGCCGUGGCCUUCAGCGUGAUGCUGCUCACCACCUGGAACGUGAUCAUCAGCCUCUAUGCCAUCGUCUCCAUCGCCGGGACCAUAUUUGUGACGGUCGGCUCGCUCGUCCUGCUGGGCUGGGAGCUGAACGUGUUGGAGUCUGUCACCAUCUCGGUGGCGGUGGGCCUGUCGGUGGACUUCGCUGUCCACUACGGGGUGGCGUACCGCCUGGCCCCGGACGCCGACCGGGAGGGGAAGGUGGUCUUCUCCCUGAGCCGCAUGGGCUCCGCCAUCGCCAUGGCUGCCCUGACCACCUUCGUGGCCGGGGCCAUGAUGAUGCCGUCCACCGUCCUGGCCUACACCCAGCUGGGCACCUUCAUGAUGCUCAUCAUGUGCAUCAGCUGGGCCUUCGCCACCUUCUUCUUCCAGUGCCUGUGCCGCUGCCUCGGGCCGCAGGGCGCCUGCGGGCAGAUCCCGCUGCCCAGGAAGCUCCAGUGCAGCGCCUUCGCCCACCCCUCGCCCGCGAGUCCUCGGGACAAGGGACCGAGCAAAACGCACAGCGCGAACGCUUAU